GACUCUCCCCGGUGACGCGCAGGAAGUCGCCGCCGCACGUUGAUUACGUCAUUAUUGUGACUCGGUUACCAGGCAACAGGAUUGUACGUAGAACCGGACUUUUAGAGCGGGAGUGAGUAUCUACCGGCCCAGCAACAGUGUACCCCCAUUUCUACCCCUGUGCACCCCAGUGAUGGAGAAAUAUCACGUUCUAGAACUGAUUGGAGAAGGUUCCUUCGGGAGAGUCUAUAAGGGAAGAAGAAAACUCAGUGGAGAGAUUGUUGCCCUGAAGUUCAUCCCUAAAGUGGGGCGUUCCGAGAAAGAACUGAAAGGAUUAAAGCGAGAGAUCCAGAUUAUGGGAGAUUUGCGACACCCUAACAUUGUGCGUAUGUUAGACAGCUGUGAGACGGAGAGGGAGGUUGUAGUGGUCACAGAAUACGCUGAGGGAGAAUUGUUCCAGAUCCUGGAGGAUGAUGGGAACUUGUCUGAGGAUCUGGUGAAGGAUGUCUCAUCCCAGCUGGUGUCCGCCCUCUAUUACCUGCACUCGCAUCGCAUUCUCCACAGAGACAUGAAACCGCAGAACAUUUUACUGGGCAAAGAUGGGACGGUCAAACUGUGUGAUUUCGGCUUUGCCCGGGAACUCAGUCUGGAUACACUGAUGGUCCGCUCUAUUAAGGGGACACCUCUGUAUAUGUCACCAGAGUUGGUUCUGGAACGGCCAUAUGAUCACCGCUCUGAUCUCUGGGCUCUGGGGUGUAUCGUGUACGAGCUGCUGGUCGGAACACCUCCCUUCUACACUCACAGCAUCUUCCAGCUGGUCAGCAUCAUCACGCAGCAGCCUGUGCGGUGGCCUCGGGGUGUCUCUGCUGAGCUCAAGGACUUCCUCCAGGGUCUCCUAACCAAGGAUCCUUCCCUCAGACUUUCUUGGCCUGCUCUUCUGAGACAUCCAUUUAUCAAGGACAAAGUCAUUGUGCUUGAAGACGGCUCUGCUAGUAGUCCCUUCACAUCUCCCCUCAGUGAGGAGCAGCAGCAGCUUCAGGACAGAAUGUUUGAGAACGCCGGCCCGGGAACCGUGCACUCUCGUAUCCUGAGCAAGGCGAGACAGCGCGUGGCUAAGAGAAAGGAGAGAGCAGCAGUGUGUAUGGCCAGUCAGCAGACUGAAGCGCCGGUGCAUAUUGAUCAUGAGACAGAACUCAAGCAUUCUGGCAGUGAGGAACCAGUGACUUCGCCAGGGCACAAGAGAACCCAAAUUUCUCAGGACUAUGAGCAUGAAUUCUGCCGAGACACAGAAAAGAGACAUAGCAUUGAAAUAAUACACCUAGACAAUGAGGACAGUGAUGAUGAAUGGUCAGUCUUAUUGGAGGCCACUGACCCAUCUAUUGCCCAGCUUAGCACGCCCUUCCUCCUCCUCAAAGAUCCAAGUUUUCGAAAUAGAGUUCAUCGCCGACUACGGGAUUGCAGUCCUCCGGUGUCGCUGGAAGCAGUGUCACGUCUCCGACCGGCUCUGCGCAUCACAUGUAACCUCCUGUCCUCCGGCUGUGAUCCUCUUCUGCUUUCAGACCUUUGUAUUGAGCUUCAGAUACCACAGUUCCUUCUGCAGCUCAUCAGCCAAUCCCUGCAGUCCAAUGUCUGGCAGUGCUCCUGGGCUGUCUCCUUUCUGGCUGAUCUCUUUGGUCUGUUGAAUUCUUAUUAUUGUUUCAAGAGACAUCCCGAAGCUUCCAGCAACCUGGAGACUUGUGCGGAGACUUUCAUGGAGGUGUUGGCUGAGCUGCUUCUAUAUCCCCCCAGCGACCAGGGUGAUUUACUGGAGCUAUCUCCCACCAGUGACCAUGGCGUGCUGCUGGAGCAGAGCUUACAGUGUUUGGUGUCUCUCUGUAUAGCGGCAGAUUGUGGACCUAUCGCAGACUGUGCUGCCCUAUACAGCAGCCUCCUGUCACAGGACAAAGCCGUCUUCCACAAGAUCAUUACAGCUGUGACAGAAGAGAAGGUCUCCGGUGAAGGACAUGUCUGGUCUCUCUACACUGAUGUUCUGGCUGCUGUAUGUGACGUUCCGGUCUCAGCAGAACACCGAUUGCUCAAAGAAAAGGUGUCGUCCUAUGUCUCAGAGAUGCUCCUUGCCGACUCAGCUGCGCCCUUUACGCGUUUCGUCACAAGGCUGGCAAAUUCACCCUGUGUUCUUAGCCAACUCAAGGUGUUGUAUAGCUGUUGUCACUCCAGCCAUGAGGUCUGUAAUCGGCUGGCUAAGGACACGUGUGCAUUGCAGUCUGUCCUUUCUUUCCUCAGUGGAGAGAUUCAUCUCUGGGAUCCCUCUCGCAUGUAUACAGCAGAACUGAGCCUGUUCCUCAUCUCCUUACUGGCGCUCCGCCUGCAGUCUCUCCCUGAUGAGAUAUUACACCUGGUAAAUGUCAUCUCUCCUCUUAUCACCUGUGAUCGCCCAUCUCUUGUGGCCGCAGCCGUCACCCUUGCAGCUUCUCUUCAUGACUAUGGUGAACACGUAACGAUGUCCUUUGAUGUGCUGGUAUCUGCUGUAAGAAGGUCUCUCUUGGAAGCCCCUCAGUUACAGAGCGCUCCUCCUCUGGGGUCAGGGUUAUACGACUGGACAUUCCACCUUCUUCUUCAACAGUCCAGCCAGGACAAAGCGAUGUUUCCUGCUCUAGCAGAUGAAUGUGGCUUCCUGUGGCACAGUGUCUGCAUCCUGCUCCGAUUCUCCAGCCCAAGAGCACAGCUAGAGGGAGACACUCCACGUGGAGAAGAUCUUCCGCAGCCACAUUGGAGCUUGCUGUCUGUGCGUGGAGUUGUGACGUUUCUUCACCUGGCUCUGGUGACCUCCGUACAGAACCCCAGUCAUUUCCUUGGCCUCCUCAGGGUUCCUGAAAGUGAUGUCGUGACGGCAUUGAACCGACUUGUGAGCCCCAGCUUUCUGGGUCAUGUGAUGGAAGUCAGCAAGACGUGUGGCUGGGAUGUCUCUCUCACUCUCUGCGAUAUAAUAAGUCUGGUCUCUCGGUUACUCUGUGUUCCCCUGUCAUUAGAGGUCGCCAAUGAAACUAUGGCUGAAAUGGUGAUGUCUCUCAGAAAACAGCAGACACUCACCUUACUUCUGCAGGCAUGUUGUAGAUUCCCAGCAGCGCUAGCGGAAACACCAGUCUGUCUUCUGUGCCGACUCGUCCUGAUGGAGGAAGACUUCCUCUCAGAAUUCUCCCGCACAGCUCUGUCUUCAGAUGACGUUGUUACCUGGCUGGGCAGCGCAGUACAGUCUGGGCAUGACAGUAUAACCAUUGAGCUCCUGACCCUGCUCAGCCACCUGAUCAGAGCAUCUCCUUCUAACUUGCCACUAGUGCAGAAAAUUGUUGGAGAUUGGGAAAAGCUUCUUUGUCACCUUCUUCAGACUCAAGGUGCAGAGAUGAGGUCAGCAGCUUGUACAUUCAUAGGAAACCUUUCACGUCUUGGUCAAUACUUUUCGCCAGUUAUACUGGAGAAGCUCCUGGAUUGUCUUUCUGACCAAGAUACCAGAGUAAGACGAUCUGCAGCAUUUGCUGUAGGGAAUUGUGCUUUCCACAAAUCUGGUGCAGAAGACAACAGCUCCUGGGUGUCUGUUGCAACAUCGAAGUUUCUAAUGUUAUUAAGAGACCCUCAAACAAAGACCCGAAUUCAUGCAGCUAAUGCACUUGGAAACCUGGGAACGCUGUCUAGUGACGUAGGAAGCCCACAUCUACUCAAGUUACAGGUCCCACAGCAUCUUUUAAAUUCAGCUUGCACUGACCAAGAGGAGACUGUGCGGCUUGCCUCAGUAAUUGCUCUGCGUAGUCUCAGUGGCAUCAUCAACAUACGCCAGCACCUGGUGUCUCUCCAUGCUGGCCAGAGGCUGUCCUCUUCUCUGUCUGAGGAACAGCCAGCAUCACACAGAAGAGAGGCCCUCACCCAUCACUGCAAUAGACUGCUGCACCAGCUGACAGCCGAGAGGGCCUGAUUCUGACUGCUACACCAGACAUUACAGGACCCCGCCACCUCUGUCCAUAGGAACCGUGACUGCAAUGAGAUAAAGUCUGUAAAUAAAACCUGAGCUGUGACUUAUUCUGCCAGUAACAGAUACAUGAGGUCUCCACACUAGGACCCGAUCCUGCCUCCCGCAUGCGUCUGUCAUCCGCUGCAGCGUCCCAGGAUGUGUGAACAUUGGCCAUCCGAGUAUCCUGAGGGUAACAGAGGAUGGCCGGGCUGUUCACGAGUGACAGUGCCCGGUGCCGCUUUCACCCCGCUCACAAAUGGUGCGGCUUAGGGGCACUGCGUGCAACAAUACGGGACCUGUCCUGCACAGUGCGCCCACCAGCGAAUGUGUGUGUGUGAACCACCCGCAUCUGUACAUAGAAGUGGGAGGGUCUCCAGUGUAAGCAUUGUAUAGGGUACAGCAGGGGGCCUGGUCUCCUGUGUAAGCAUUGUAUAGGUUACAGCAGGGGGCCUGGUCUCCAGUGUAAGCAUUGUAUAGGGUACAGCAGGGGGCCUGGUCUCCUGUGUAAGCAUUGUAUAGGUUACAGCAGGGGGCCUGGUCUCCUGUGUAAGCAUUGUAUAGGGUACAGCAGGGGGCCUGGUCUCCAGUGUAAGCAUUGUAUAGGUUACAGCAGGGGGCCUGGUCUCCAGUGUAAGCAUUGUAUAGGUUACAGCAGGGGGCCUGGUCUCCAGUGUAAACAUUGUAUAGGUUACAGCAGGGGGCCUGGUCUCCAGUGUAAGCAUUGUAUAGGUUACAGCAGGGGGCCUGGUCUCCAGUGUAAGCAUUGUAUAGGUUACAGCAGGGGGCCUGGUCUCCAGUGUAAACAUUGUAUAGGUUACAGCAGGGGCCAGGUCUCCAGUGUAAGCAUUGUAUAGGUUACAGCAGGGGCCGGGUCUCUAGUGUAAGCAUUGUAUAGGUUACAGCAGGGGCCUGGUCUCCAGUGUAAGCAUUGUAUAGGUUACAGUAGGGGCCUGGUCUCCAGUGUAAGCAUUGUAUAGGUUACAGCAGGGGCCUGGUCUCCAGUGUAAGCAUUGUAUAGGUUACAGCAGGGGGCCUGGUCUCCAGUGUAAGCAUUGUAUAGGUUACAGCAGGGGGCCUGGUCUCCAGUGUAAGCAUUGUAUAGGUUACAGCAGGGGCCAGGUCUCCAGUGUAAGCAUUGUAUAGGUUACAGCAGGGGCCAGGUCUCCAGUGUAAGCAUUGUAUAGGUUACAGCAGGGGCCAGGUCUCCAGUGUAAGCAUUGUAUAGGGUACAGCAGGGGCCUGGUCUCCAGUGUAAGCAUUGUAUAGGUUACAGCAGGGGGCCUAGUCUCCAGUGUAAGCAUUGUAUAGGUUACAGCAGGGGCCUGGUCUCCAGUGUAAGCAUUGUAUACGUUACAGCAGGGGCCAGGUCUCCAGUGUAAGCAUUGUAUAGGUUACAGCAGGGGCCUGGUCUCCAGUGUAAGCAUUGUAUACGUUACAGCAGGGGCCAGGUCUCCAGUGUAAGCAUUGUAUAGGUUACAGCAGGGGCCUGGUCUUCCGUACAUCUGCUCACACUGGUCCUGUCAUAUGCUGAACAUUACAUGUCAUUCAUUUCUCUGCAGAAACUGAAAUAAUCACAGAACUCAUUAAAUAUUAUGUGACUGGUAAAUAGAAGAAAGUGCAUGUAUUACUCCUUGUGCCAUGGGGUGUGUGAGGAUUUAGGAGAUGUAUGAAUGGUUGUUAUGUAGGGGAAGGGAUAUCAGGGACGUUAUGUGGGUGUAAAUACCAAAUUGCUUUCUAACAAAUAUUUAUAAUGCCCGCUCUAAUAUAUACUGCGGACGCCAGGCGCAUCUUAUUACCUUAUACGAUAAAAGUGCGCUGUACGUCGCAAAACACUACAUCCCUUAAGAGAAAACAAUACACGCACACAUUGUCUGAGUUCCAAAGCUCAUCGAUUGUAUAUAUUUGUUAUUAAAAGGAUAUGUAUUCAAUAUAUCACAAUGUACAGUAUAUAUAUAUAUAUAUAUAUAUAUAUAUAGUUACAUGGUUACAAUUUAUACAGUAAGCAGUUAAUACAAACUAAAGCAAAUACAUACAGUUACAGGCCAGCAUACAAUAUCCUAUUUUGUUCAAAUAAAAUCUCCAUUCCAUAUCUCUCUCUCUCUCUCUCUCUCUCUCUCUCUCUCUCUCUCUCUCUCUCUCUCUCUCUGUGUAAAAUUAUUCAGCCACUGGACAGUCAACAUCUCGAUCAUCAUCUGGGACAAAACAGCAACUAACUCUCUUAAUCCUAGAAACUGCCUAUAUCACACAGUGGGAGUUUUCCGUCUGUUGGUUACGGUCUCCUUCUAUUGGUCCAGAGGCAGGACCUCUUAAGAACUCAACGGCUCAUUGGUCAGAGUGAGGGCUUUUGUCCUGUGUUGCUGGCACAUGUGUCUGCCCCCAGGGCCAUGCUGUGGAGCUAGUUUCAAGUCUUCAAAAGAUCUUUUGUUCACUUUAGAAUUGUGGCUUCAUAUUCCUUCAUUUAUUCAUAUCUACUCAUGGCCUUGUGCCACAACUUAAUAACAGGCAUCAAAUGAAUGUACACAUUAAUCUGGUUACUAUGACACCAAGCACGAUAUGUCCAUCUUGCUCUGCUCCAAUAAUACACAUACAUGACGUUACUCCAUUAAAUAUAUUUAAAACAUGGUG